AUGCAACAAAUUUCCCAAUUUAUACAUAAAUUUUCUUAGGAGGGAGAGGAAAAGUAAUAGUGCAUUGUAAAUUUUAUAUAGAUUGCUAGAUUAAACCUUAAUAAUUAUAAAGGAAGAUUGUCCAAGAUCUUGAUUGGAAAUGAGGAAUUUUAUUUCUGGAUCCUUACUUCCAUUACAGGAAGAGUAAACUGUCUAUUUUGUCAAAGGAUUAUAAAUAUUCAAUGA